UUUUUCUUGGAAGUAAUGUGCAUAAUUGACAUAAGGAAUUCAGAUUCAUUUGCUUAUACAUAUUAUGGUUGUAUUAAUCUCACUCUGUGUCCAAUAUCAGGUGGAAUUUUGAGGGGUUCUAGAAGGGAAAGACUUUUAAGUAAAUUUGUGGAGAAUGAGUGUGAAAAGAUAGACAGACUUAUGGAGCUCUACAUGAGAUAUUCCAAUAGAGUGAAAGCGGAGACUGAACGGCUGAAUCAGCUCGAACUUGAUGAUUUAGAGAUGGAUGAGGAGGAAAAAUAUAAUCGUAAGCUGGACUCUGGACUCUAUACUCUCCAGUUGAUAGCUGUUAUUCUGGGUCAUCUUUGGACCUCCGAGCACCCUCGAAUGAGAGCAAGAAUUGAACUGUUAUUAAAGCAGCAAAAGUUAACCAAGAAGGAUGUAAAGGAUAUACUUCAGGUACUGGCCUCUUAGCUUCUCCUCAAAAUUAUCA